AUGCGCUUCGCCAUCUUCUCCUUCCUCGUUGCGCUCCUCGCUGCCUUCGUCAUGGCUAGCGCACCCCACCGCUCCGUCAUCAUCAGCUGGCCCAACGACACACCCGACGACAUUGUCGAGCAGAGCAAGGAGGCUAUCCGACAGGCCAAGGGCGUCAUUACCCACGAGUACAACAUCAUCAAGGGCUUUGCUGCCACCGCCCCCGCUGCCGCUCUCGAUAUGGUGUCGACGUUGAGCGACGUGUACAAGUGCGAGAUCGAGGAGGAUGGCAUCGUCACCACGCAGAACAACAAGGAGUAG